CUGUUCUUAUAGAUGGCGUCUGCAAAUGCCACAUACGGACAAAAGGAGUCCUCGGACCAGAACUUUGACUACAUGUUUAAAAUUCUUAUCAUCGGCAACAGCAGCGUUGGCAAGACGUCCUUCCUCUUCCGCUACGCGGACGACUCGUUCACGCCGGCCUUUGUCAGCACGGUGGGCAUCGACUUCAAAGUCAAGACCAUCUACAGGAAUGACAAGAGGAUAAAGCUGCAGAUUUGGGACACGGCUGGCCAGGAGCGAUACAGGACCAUCACCACAGCCUAUUACAGAGGAGCCAUGGGCUUCAUCCUCAUGUAUGACAUUACCAAUGAAGAGUCCUUCAACGCUGUGCAAGACUGGUCCACUCAGAUCAAGACCUACUCGUGGGACAAUGCUCAGGUGCUCCUGGUGGGGAACAAGGUUGAUAUGGAAGAUGAACGUGUGGUGGCCACAGAAAGGGGCCGGCAGCUGUCAGAACAGCUUGGUUUUGAGCACUUUGAAGCGAGCGCCAAAGAUAACAUCAACGUGAAGCAAACCUUUGAGAGGCUAGUGGACAUCAUCUGCGAAAGGAUGUCUGAGAGCUUGGACAACAAUGACCCCUCCGUCACCGGAACCAAACAAGGGCCGCAGCUCACUGAGCAGCCGCAGAGGUCCCAUCAGGACUGCGCUUGCUAA